UGUACUAAUUAAAAUUUUUGACAGUUAGUUUCUUUUCUUCUUCGCACUUCAUACGAUUUCUGAGUUCUUUCGAGAAGCCGAGUUUAUUUUAUUUUACGAAGUGAAGUUUUUCUUUCUAAUACAUUAUGAGAAACAAACAAACGGUGUAUGUCUGCUAAAAUAUUUGUGUUAUAGUAUAGCCAUAGUGGGUUAAUUUUACCAAAAAGUCCGAUUAACAAAAGUUAAAAAUAAAAAAAGUUUUGAGUUGACUGCGAGGUGAAAAUAUUUUGAUGAAAAGAUGCAGCAUCCUAAAAACGAGAGCAAGAUCCCCAUCCCGCCGAACGUGUUGAAGAAUUUCAACGUCUACGACAUUUUGGAACCGCAGAAAAAUACCGCCAAAACUAGUGAUGGGGCCAAGGUCGAUAAACUUAUCGAUAUAGACGAUUGUUCCAAAGAUUCCGGUGUUGCCAGCUUAGAUUUAAACGCGUCGUUUUUUGACAAAAAUAGGGACUACGAUUUAGUCGAUUUAUUUCAAAAUAUAUUCGUGACUCCGCAACAUAUAAAGCAGAAAGAUACAGAUAGUAAUGAAAAUGAUGGUGCGUCGAGUGUUUUGGGUUCAGACUACGUGGAACAUCCACCCGGUUUUGACCGGUUCCUCGAUAUGUUAGAGUCUGGUGAGAAAAUUGACUGGACUAACUUAGGGCAGGAUAAAACGGAAACAAUUUCUGAUCUGAAACAUGAUUUUAUCGAAGAAACGCCGAGAGUGUUAGUGCCAAAAGUGUUUGACGAACCGGUGAAGGAUCCUGAUGAGUUAGUUCGCGAAGUAUUGACUCAAAAGACUUUGGAAAAGCUUGGCAGUUCUGUUACAACCAGACAGUUGCCUAAACUGCAAUCAGACAGUCCUCAAAAACUUGGCAGUACUAUUCACGCGCCUGCACUAAAAUCAGAUAGCCCUAAAAAAAAUAAAAGUGUACCCUUAACAGAAAUAACCACCGAUUUUUCCCGUUUCAAUUUAAAUAAUACCUUCAACAAUUCAAAAUUCGAAUCCGGAAGUAACGAAGUCAUAUCCGAAGUAACUACCGAUUUUUCUCGCUACAAUUUGAAUAAUAGCUUCACCAAUUCAAAAUUCGAAUACGGAAGUAACGAAGUCACACCACGUCCUGAGCCCAAAACGAGCCCAGUCGACAGUCAAAUCAGCAACCCUUUAACAAGAUUCACUGUAAAAGCCAUUCAGAAAGACGAGAAAGUGUACAAAAAGAAGCGACAGCAGAAACCUGAUCAUUUGAAAGCAACGUACACUAAAGGACCGGAUUUUUAUGAAAAAUCUGUCGUUUUACCUCAAAUAAUGGCUCGAUUAACCGCUCGUUUGGACUAUUUAGAAGAAAUCGCCAAUCAGAAAAAGAGAUUGAUUUUAGACGGAGGAUCUACUAAUGCUGAAUGUACUGCUUCUACUCGGGAAGAAGAGAAAAAAAAAGCUAGCUACUCAGACCCGCCAUUAAACGUGCAAACGAAAAUACUCAACAAACCCUCCACUUCAGGCAUUAGUUCUUUAAAAACUCCUGUAGUUAAAGACCCGGGUCUUUGUAAUAUUAGGCGAACUUUUACUGCAGAAAAAGUACUUGGUGCUAGUAGUACUAGCAGUCAUAGUACUCAAAAACCUAGUACUCCCGAAAAUAGAGAGUUCGGAAAACUCUCUCCGAUAGUUCUAAUGGAGGAUUGCAACAAAGAGAGAUUGAAAGCGUUUAAACAAAGCCAGAGGUUCAUAGAAUUUGUUCUCGAUGGUAAACAUAAACCUUGAUACUUUGGUUAUGGGAUCGAAAGAAAAACCUUCUUAUAGAUGUUUUUUUUUUUUCACGAAAGCGGUCGAGCUAUACUUAUGUGUGUAAAUAGUAGGUAUAUGCACAUUGUCUUUGUAUGCGUAAGCUCGAGAGCUCGAUAGUUGCCGAGUCGACAAGUAGACGCCAGCAGGCCUACACGAUUCUGUCAAAUUUUACCAAUCGAACAUUAACCUUCCACUAUUGUGAUAAGGUUGAAAAUCUAUUGAAGAAAUCUGACAGAUUGAAGUAGGUUAUGUUCCGUCUUCUGUACAUUUACACACAAGUAUGAUUCAACCUCUUUCGUGAGAUAAAACAUUUAUACAGCUCUUGUCAAAAACUUUACGUAUCUGAAGUAAGUCAUUGGAUGGCUUGCGCAUGAGUUAGUGUUUUGUGUUUAUACAUGUUACAGUGCUUUCAAACUCGGAUCGUUCGAAAACCGAGCGCAAGAUUCGCUGGUGUGAAAGCACUGGCACACACACAAGGCUGUGUUCACAGUUGGCAAGCUAUUGGCCGACUGAGUUGGUUUAUUGGUUUAGUACAGUCAACUUCAGGUCAGUGGUAAUAGUUUUAAAGGAAAAUCGUACUUAUUACUAUUGAGUUAAGGUGCAUGACAGUUAUCACUGAUGUGCAGUCUACCGUACGUAUUACCUUCCAUAUAUUUGAAAUGGAAUGUCCAUAGUUUGCUAGUUCGAGCUCAUUUUACGCAGUUUGUAGCGUUACAUGCGCCGAGUGAGUAGUCGACUCACAGCAAAAGUGAUUUGAGUCUGAAAAUUGAUCUGAGUUUGCAUCUAACUUCGGCUGCUAACUGUUUGUCUACUGUAGACACAGCCUUAACAGUUGCGUAGCCACUAGUGACCAUCUUCAGAGCGGUAAAGUUAUAUGACAAGAAUUGUACUAGAGGCUAGUUUCAUUACUUUUACAUGAGAUUAAUUUAUCUGCCGAUUAAUUUUAUGACUAUGUUGUUUUCGGUUAUAAAUUCAUUUGGUUGAUAGUUAAUUUUUCAGAAGUGGUAAAACUGGCCUAUGUCUUAUUAAGACAAGGGGAGCCGCCCAUUGAUGGCACGGUACGCAAAUAAAAAUGUGACGUAAUUGUAUGGAAAUAAGGUUGAAAUUUAAAAGAUAACAAUGGUAGUUUUUGUCGACAGUUAAGACGGAAAUUUUUGAUUUUGUACAAGUAAGUUAUAUUUUUAUUUGUAGCCUAAAAAUACUUUGCCGUGCCGUGCCGCGAAUGGGCGCAAUUCUCAAAUAUUCAGAUUUUAAUCUUAAGGGUAAGUUUAAAUAUUGGACAUAAUUAUUAUCUUAAAAUAUUGGCUUACUUAU